CUAAUUUUUUUCUGUUCUUGAAUCUUUAACAACUCUAGGUUCUUCGAAUCAAACCUGGGGGGAAGGGGGUGAUUGGAGCUGGUGGGGGUCGAAAUGGGGGCGCUGGGCCCGCGACGACCGCCGGAGACGGCGGCGCUGGGCCCGCGACGACCGCCGGAGACGGCGGCGCGGGGCUGUGGUGACGGCGCUGCUGGUCGCGCGACGCGACAACGCCGGGCGACGCGGCCGCCUGUGGUGGGGGAGCUCGGUGGCGCGGUGGUGGGGCAGUGCCGAGAUGAGAGCCGGCGGCGGCGCCGCGUUGCUGUGGUGGGAGGGGCGACCGGCGGCGUCGCGUUGUUGGGUGGAGGAUGAAGAAGAGAAGGGAGGAAGGGGAAGGGCAAGCAGCCCGACCCCGACUUUUGUUUUUUUUUUUUUAUAAUAAAAGGAGAAUCUCCCU